AUGAAAUUCAUUAUUGUUGUUUUAUUCGCACUUGCAGCAACAACCUAUGCAUCAAAAACAUAGGAUCAAAUCCUUGCUUUAUUAUAAGUAAAUAUAUUGCUAUAUAUUAUAGACUGGAACAAAAGCAAGUGAUGCUAUUGAUACAGUUUUUGGUUUACUCAAUGAUUUAAAGCAAUCAAAUAUUGAUGCUCAAUUUGCUGCAGAUUAAAAGAAUGAAACAGAUGAAUGGGUUGGUGCAUAGUAAAUAAUUAUAAUAAUCCACUUAGAACUAUUGAACAAUUCACAAAAAUUAAAAGUCUGAACUAAAAACUUUUUAAUUAAGCCAUAGAGAAUAGAGCCAAUUAUGAAGAAGUUCUUAAAUAAACAAAGAAUUAUUUAGCUUGGAAUGAAGCUAGAAGAGAUGAAAUUGCAAGAAAAAUUGAAGCUCUCUCAGAUAAUUAAUGUUUUAGCAAUUAACUUUUUGUCAAAUCCAUUAAACACAAUUAAGAAGCUCUUGAAGUCAUCAGACUUUUAAAAUAAGAUGUUGCUGGUUAUAUUAUUAAUGGAGACUCAUUUGAAUUUACUUAAGUUAAAGCCUAAUCUGUUGCUGAAAAAUUGAAAUAAUAUAGUAAUCUUUUCUAAGACCAUUAAAUUAAAUCCUUUUUAGCUUUAGCUAAUGGACAAGAAGUAUAUAUUAUAAUUAAUCAUCUUUUUAGGAAGGAGCAUCAAAUACUUAAGGAUCAACUUUAGCUGAAAAAGUAUUGAGUGUUCUAGAAGGAUUAGAAUCUGAAUUAGAUGCUUCAUUAGAAAACUUGAAAGUAAAUGAAAUCAAUGCAUCAUGGGAAUUAGCUGGAUGGGUUUCAUUAUCUGAAGCUGAAAUUUCUUCUUUAGAAGUUGAAUAUGAAAGAAAAUAAGUCUUUGCUGACAGAACUGCUACUGUAAAAUUUUAAUCCAAAAUUAGUAAAUCUAAGCUGCUUUUGCUUAAUAAGCUAAAUCAAAGAUUAUCUUAUAAGAAUCUCAAGAUGCUUUAGACUAAGCUUAAGCUGAUUUAGAAGCCAAAAGAGCUGAUUAUGCUGAAGCCAAAGCUAAAAGAUAAGAAGAGAAUGCCAUUCUUGAUGAAGUAAUCAUUAUGUUCAAAAAAUAAGUUGCUUCUUGGUCUGGAAGAUGAAAUUGAUAUAUUUUAUCAUAUAUUACAAUCAAUUAUCAAGAAUUUUA